AUGCCAGGCCAGUGGACCGCGCGCCUGGGACCGUGUUCGCGCCAGGGACCAGGUUCGCGCCAGGCGAAAGCGCGCCCGACUGCUCGCCGCCGCCCGAGCCCCGCCGCGCAUGUCACGCCGCUGACGGGCGACGACCUGGGUCCGACGCAGCGCGACGCGCACCGCACGCUGCGGACGAGGAGAGACGGCAAGGCGGCCCUCCCGCUGCCGCCGCUGCUCGACCCGGUGGUGCUCGCAAAGCGCGCGCAGCACGAAGCAAAGAAAGCAAAGCCAGACGCCGCAGCCCUGACGCCCUUCCAGCGCAGACUGUCGGAGUGCCCGUUCGCGCACGCCCUCGCCUCGCCCGUCCGCGAGUGCCGCUACACGGCGACGCUCCAGCCGUCGGCGCUGCUCACCGCGCUGCACAUGCGGCCGCACCCGACCACAGCGGCGCCGUGGCUGCUCCCCGUGAGCCUGACGACGCGCGACUCGCAGCUCGGCCUGCCGCUGCGCUUCCACACGCGCGCGCCCAUUGCGACGCAGCUCGGCACCAAAAAGGCCUGGGAGAGGGCGCUGUACCCGCGCCUGUUUGAGCAGCUCGGGCCCGGCGGCGCGGCGAAGCUGGUCUGGCGCGAGGACAUGCCCGCGCUGCUGCUGGGCCUGCUGCGGACGCGCCUGCACUCGGCGCUGGCCUGGAGCUUUGCGUUCCGCGGCCGUCUGAGGGCCGUCGCGUCGCCGCACGGCGGCGCGCUCGAGGCGCUCGACGACGUGAGCUGCGUGCUGUGCUUUGGCAGCCUGCGCGCGGGGAGCCGCGGCGACGUGGCCCAGGACCGCUGCGACGCCAUCACGGCCGAGCUGGACAAGUGGGCGCUCUACUUUGCGCAGAGCUUCGGGCCGCACUUGGACCCCCACGCGCAGGCUGGCGUCACGCACCGACCGCCUUCGUGGUACAGCGCCCCGCUGGUGCCGCGGCUGCAGCCCCGCAUACAGUUCCCCGAGCUCGAGUACCGCACCGCCGAGUGGCGCGGGCGGCGCGUGCCCGUGUACAGUCUCGUGGACCUGCUGGGCGAGGACAGGGCGCACGAGCUGAUCAACGGCGCAAAGAGCCAGUAUGCGUCACACCAGUGCGUCGUCAUGAAGCGCGCGCGCCACAAUGUGCCGGUGGAAUUGCUGCUCAUGCAGUUGCAGACCUAUGUAGCUCGGCCAGGGCCAUGA